UGGCGUUGCUCACGCGGAACCAUUCGGCGUGUGGCUAACCUGGCAAUCCCUAUCAACAGCUCGAGGCCCAGAACCCCCAGCAUCCGCCUCCUCUCCCAGCGAUGGCUUCCGCCGCCAUGGCCGCCUCUUCCAGAGCCUUUUUCCGUCCGCAUCGCCUCCUCCUCCUCCCUGACCCUCGCCGUCGCCGCCACCUCUCCGCCAGUGCUGUGGCUUCAGCGAACGCCGCAGCCACGACCGUCCGGCGCAGAGUAGUGGACGUUCUCCGGGAGCGCGGGCUCGUGGAGGCGACCACCUCCGAGGCGCUCGGUUCGUCCUCGGCAGCUUCUGGGGAGCAGCAGCAGCUCAAGGUUUACUGCGGCUUCGACCCCACGGCCGAGAGCCUGCAUCUCGGCAACCUCCUCGGCCUUGUCGCGCUCUCCUGGUUCCGUCGCUGCGGCCACACCGCCGUCGCGCUCGUCGGUGGAGCGACCGGCCGCGUCGGAGAUCCCUCCGGAAAAAGCGCCGAGCGCCCUGAGCUAGACCUCGCCGCCGUGGUCGCCAACUCUGACGCGAUCAAGUCGCUCAUCGCUCAGAUCCUCAGCCGCGCUCCCGAACCAUCUCAUCACGCCCAAUCUGGUAAAAGCGCGAUUUUGGAAAAACAUGAAGAUGCUCUGGCCAAAUCUGGCCAGGGUUUAUCAGAGGAAUCGGGCAAUGUGGGGGAAAGUAUGGGCUCCUUUGUUAUAUUGGAUAACUACGACUGGUGGAAGGACAUCACAUUGCUUGAUUUCCUCAAGGAGGUGGGCAAGUUCGCUCGUGUCGGGACGAUGAUUGCCAAGGAGAGUGUGAAGAAGCGGCUCAAUUCAGAGGAUGGCAUGAGCUACACUGAGUUCACCUACCAGCUUCUCCAGGGAUAUGACUUCCUGUACAUGUUCAAGAACAUGGGUGUCAAUGUGCAGAUUGGGGGUAGUGAUCAGUGGGGAAACAUCACCGCGGGUACCGACUUGAUCCGGAAAAUUCUCCAGGUUGAGGGAGCGCACGGUCUGACAUUCCCACUCUUGCUAAAGAGUGAUGGAACCAAGUUUGGAAAGACGGAGGACGGGGCGAUUUGGCUCUCGUCGAAGAUGCUCUCCCCUUACAAGUUCUACCAGUACUUUUUCUCAGUCCCGGAUGUUGAUGUCGUAAGGUUUAUGAGAAUCCUUACAUUCUUGAGCUUGGAUGAGAUUCAUGAGUUGGAAGAAUCGAUGAAGAAGCCUGGCUAUGUGCCAAACACGGUUCAAAGGAGGCUUGCAGAAGAGGUGACACUCUUCGUCCAUGGCCAGGAGGGACUGGAGGAAGCCUUGAAGGCAACUGAAGCCUUGCGGCCUGGGGCACAGACACAGUUGGACUCACAAACAAUCGAGGGAAUAGCAGAUGAUGUACCAUCCUGUUCUUUACCAUACGACCAAGUAUUGAAGUCUCCCCUGGUUGAUCUGGCCGCCUCUACGGGUUUGCUAGCAAGCAAGUCAGCGGUUAGGCGGCUUAUAAAGCAGGGUGGUCUAUACUUGAAUAACAAGAAGAUCGAUAGUGAGGAUAAGUUGGUUGAGGAAGGUGAUAUAGUUGACGGGAAGGUGCUACUGCUAUCUGCCGGAAAGAAGAACAAGAUGGUUGUGCGAAUAUCUUAAUUGUUCUGAUAUGUUUGUGUCUAAUUUUUUGCUGGCGAGGAUAAAAAGUUACAGCAUGAGCCCUGUAUUCAGAUUAGCUGUCAGUGAACAUACAUAUUGCUUUACUGGAAAUGCUACACCAAUAAUUCGAUCACAAUAUUUUGCUU